CUCCCUCCGCCCUGGCUCGGCACUCGGCAGCCGCGCCUGGGGAAGAUGGCGGCGCCCAUGGCGGCGUGUCGGUGAGCGCGGGCCAUGCUGGCGCUGCUGGGCCGCGGCCUGGCCGGGCUGGCCCGCGCCGGGGCCGCCGUGCUGGGCAGGGCAGAGCCCGCCCGCAGUCCUGUGCUCCAGGCAGCCAGAGGCUAUGCCAGACCUGUGGCAAAGAAGAGGAAAGACAUGCCCAGCCAUCUGGAUGACCUUCCUCCCACCAUGCUGAAGAAGGAUUAUGCCAAUCUCCCAGUAAUGAACAGCGUGGAUGAUGUGGUGAAACGGGUGCUGUCCCUGGAAAUGGCCAGUCAGAAGGAGAAGUUGAAGGUAAAGAAACAGCAGCUGGUGGAGAAGGUCAGGAGGUCUCCCAAUGACAAUGGCUCCUUUGAGGUGCAAGUUGCAAUUUUGACUGCCAGGAUACGCACGCUCGAGGAGCACCUCCAGAAGCAUCCCAAGGACAAAAGGAACCGCAGGUUCAUGCUGAUGGACCUGGACCGGCGCAGGAAGAUGCUGGGCUACCUGCGCCGGGUGAACUUCAGCACCUUUGAGAACACCUGCAGAGAGCUGCAGAUCCAGUACAGCCCGCCCCAGCCCUACGCCCGCCGCGUCACCAAGCGCUGGCUGGUCAAGAAGGCCUUCUGCAUCAAGGUGUUCCAGGAGAAGCAGAAGCUGAAAGCAGCUGUGAGACUGAGGCAGAGGAAAGAGAGGCAGGCGAGAGCAAGGGCUGCACGGGAACAGCAGGAGAAGAAGGAGAAGCAGCUGCAGGAGAAGCAGGCCCAGGAGGGGACCCCUGUGUAGUGGCACAGACAGGCUGACAAUAAACACCUGCCCAAAGACCUCAA